AUGGCGCCCCCCACCAUCCUCGCCCAUAAAUCUUCCUUUCUCACCGCCCAGACUCUACAUCUAUCCCAAUCCCUCGCGCCGAGCAGUACCUGGCGCGCGUCGAACCAGCGCAUCCCCGACGGCGGCGGCCUAAGCGACCGCGUCGUAGACGAAGCGCUAUACCGCGCGAACCACAGACUGCAGCAGCAUGUGCGUCGGGUAUAUGCGCCCCAGGCAAGCCGGCACGUCGCGGAGCAGAUCGAGACGCUGUAUCUAGAAGCUGCGGAGAGGGCUGUGCGCGGCGAAGGAGGAAGAGGGGACGACGAUGACGACGGGGCGGAUAUAGGGACGGGGGGGAUCGGAGGUGGGGGGCCAAAGUUUUUGAUGGUCGGCGCGGACUUCGCAUCCGACGAAGUCAUCGCCACCCUCCCCAGCACGUGGGACCAAUACUCGCCCUCCCAAUCCGACGCCCACCCAGCCGAAGCCAUACGGUACGCCGACCUCGCCACAUCCCUCUCCCUACUCUCCUCGCGGCGGAAGGAAACGCGCGCGCGCCUAGAUCGUCUCCGUCGAAUGCGCAAUCUCCUAGCCCCAUUCUCCUCUUCCCCCUCUCAUCCCGCCGACGCGGCCGAGUCCGCAGUUGAAAAAGUCCAGCCGAACCUAGUCACCCGAGACGGCGAGAUGGAAAAGGAACUCGAGCGCAUGCGCGUGCUGCUUGUCCGCGUCGCCGCCCGCGUCGCCCAGCUGCCCGAUCUGGAGCCGGGGGAGGAGGACGACGCCGUGAUGGAGGACUUAGAGGUUAUGGAGCGGCGAAAAGUUGAGAGGUUGCUUGACGGGUUCUGA